ACUGCAGUCAGUAGUGUGUUGAAACGCAAAUUUUCCCCACCCUGUUUUUAUACUGCCACUGCCAAAUGGAGCAAGCAAAGGAAAGAAAGGGAGUGUGUGUUGUAGGCAGUUUUCUUGCGAAAUUCAGCAGGGAAAUUCGUGGAAAUUGUAGAGUUAAACUAACGUGCUCAGUUUAUACAUGGGUAGCAGAAGGACUUUUUCAAGUAACGUGCUAGAAUUGAGUUUUGAGGUUUUAACUUUCCUCGCGAAAAUGAAAUCGUACAGUGUCCUAGAUAGAAACAUAUUAUUUUAGAUUUUCUAUAACUUGUUUAAGUGCUACGCCAAAUUUUGAACUAACUCUCAAGUAACUAUACUGUCUAUUACUGAAAAGUCCUAAGUUGAGCCGUCCUCACAAGCGAAAAACUAAUCGCGUCAAAGGAUUUUCCCGUCGGAAAAUUCGCAGAGUGCACAAAACUAGAACGACAAAGAAAAUCACGAGUGUGGGGAAAAAGGAAAAUUAGCUUAGGAUAGCCUAUUUUCCCACAGAAGAAAGGAAAAAAAAACAAGAAGACAACUCAACUCGAGAGGAUCCUUGACUUAGAUUGCAUCGUGAAGUGUGCUAAUUUCGCACGAAUAAAAGGACAUAAUCCAAUCGACUCCCCGUAUGGGGGAAAAAUCCCUGCAACAAAAACAACAAACAGUGCUGUGAGAAGGGGGGGAAAAACUGCCAGCCUGAAAACGUGGUGAAAAACGAGGAUGCACCGCAAACUGCUGGGAGCAGAAGGGGAGUCUGUUUGGGAACUGCUGUUGUUGUUGUUGUUGGGAAAAUCGAUACUUGCUUCACGUGGUGGAGUGAAGUAGGCGGCUGCGGCUGCUGCGAUUGUGGGUGGGAGGGAAAUUGGCGUCAAAAUAAGGCAGACAGCAACACAGAAGCAGUCAUCGGAAAAAUGCUGUGGGAUGUGGGUUGGUUGUUGUUUGGAGAUUCGUAGAUCGAAGCAGCACUGAUAGCAGCAUCGGACCAGUGCAGUGCGUUGUUGUGCGUGCUGCAUACCUUGAAGGCGCGCGCGAACAAAGAAAGCGAGUCCCGAGUCUGUCAGUUCAAAAUCCAACAACGAACGAGCGACUGAUAUAGUCGUUGGGUGCUCAAUCCACACCGGGUCGAACAAUAGCCCUGCUGAUUAGCUCCUUCGAGUGGCAGCCAGCUCGAGAGUGUCGUCCUUCCUCGCGUGUCCCCAAAUGCAGACGAAAGAAAAAGGACUCUACCUCCUCCACCAGCCCCAAAGGACAAUGUGUUGUGAUUAUGAACUAGUGUGCAACUCGGCCCGAGGCUAGGACAAGACUGUACAGAACAAAGUUGUUGUUCGUAGUUGUGUGUGUGUUGAUUUGGCCGCGAGGGGGUGAAGAAAAGGAUAGUGAGUCCUUUUUUAGAGGGCUGUCAGGAUGCAUUUCCGUCACGAAGAGAGCAGGCACCUGCUGCGGAAUGCCAGCGCCAGCACGGCCGUGGAGUCCAAGUUUGACCACCACUCGAUUGUGUGGCCGUUCCUGAUACAGAAUGCGAUGGAGAACCCGCUCUGUACGACGGCCACUCCGGCCAACUCGACGGUUUCCGUGCUGCUGUGGACCACAAUCGCGGUCUUCGGAAUCGUGUACACGCUGCUAGGAUAUCGAUGUCUUCGGGCGAUUGGUUUCCUCACUGGUCUGGCAGCAGGGGCCGGAUGCAUCGUCCUGUUGCAGAGCAAAAAUAUUACAGGUUUUGGAAAUUUGGCCGCUCCUGCCCUGGCCGUGGUGGCCGGCCUGUUUGGUGCUAUUCUGGGAUCGACCCACCCAAUCUCGUCCACGUUGAUCGGAGCCUCGGCCGGGGCCCUGGUGGCCGGUGCCACCAUCGCCGCCUGUAUUGCCACACUACCUCAUUACAUCUUUGGAGAAAAUGAGCUCCUGGUAUCGGUCGUGGGCGGUGCAAUUAUCUGUUCAAUUAUCACACUAUUCUGUCCGAAACUGAUGUCAAUCAUCGCUUCCAGUGUUCUGGGUUCAGCCAUGAUCUUGUGCUCGAUUGACUUCUUCAUGCACGGCUUGAACACGAUGGAUUGGUUGUUCAACAUGAAGCCGGACCCAACUCCCCCUCCCUGCUGGGGUGGCGUUAUCCUGUGCUGUUGGCCAAUCGCCUCAGUGUUGGGAGUGUUGGUGCAGUGCUUUGUGACCGCUUGGAAAAUUGACCACCGAAGGCAGAUGAUGCACCGGAGGCGACGGCACUACAAGGGCCGCCAGGGUUCGCGAUCGAGGGAAACCCGCGAGGAGGCCCGCCAGCGGAAGUACCGCUAUCUGUACCAGGUCCGGACCGCCCGGGGUGAUAUCAUCUCGCAGAACUUUGUCUCCGCCCUCCAGAAGCACGUGACCACCGACUCCGGCCCACCGUCCGAGGUGUCUACCAAGACGGGCUCGAACGACCGAAACACGGCCCGCAGCGACCGGACCCACAUGACGAACCUGCCCGAUUCGGACUUUGACAAGCGCGACUCGAGCUACGAGAAGCGUUGACAUUUGGCCAAAUAGCAGCAGCAGCAGCAACAACAACAGCAGCAGCAGUAUCAACAACAACAACAACACUAUCACUACCACUACCCCAACAAUAACCCCAACAGCAACAUCAGCAACAACAGCAAAAACAAAACUGGCAGCAGCUAUCAGCAAAAAUAUGAACGCACUUGUUACUAAUAGUCAGCUAAAAAAUAAAACGAAAUUGAGAAAAGUGGAAGAAAACCAAACAAUGAAUUCGGAACGUGGUUCGAAACAAUACAAAUGCGAGAAAGAAAGCAGCAAAACAAUACUGGUGAUGUGUAGGAUUGUAGGUAACGUAAAGAUAUUUAGCGAAGGAAUAAAAAGAGAAAUAAAAAAAGUUUUUAUACAAAAGAGUCGAAACAGUAGAAAAAGAGAGACAGAGAGAGUAAUCCAGUAACGUUCUAGGGACGGACAAUUUCGAAUGCAGGAACCAUAGAGAAAUGCGCAACAUCUCAAUAAAUAAAGGGCAAGAUUUUAAAAACCAAACACAAAAUUGUAAUUGUAUAAAAUAUAAAUAUUAACUCAAUAACUGAAUCAAAUUCAUUGCUAUAUAAAGAUAAGAUAAAACAAAUAAAAAAACCAUAAUACUUAUUUCAGAGUGUCUGAAGUAAAACUUUAAACGUAAACCUAUGUUUCAUAUGAAUAAAUAAAAACAAAGCUAAGAAGGUUAGAAGGAAGAACGUAUAUCGAAGAAAGGAACAGGAAAACACGUGGAAAUGUGACGAAUGUGAUUCAUUUUUUUACAAAGCAAAGUUUAAAUACAAAAAAGUAUAAAUUACGCAUUUAGACAAAGUCGUGUUCUAGGUGUUAUUUUUCUCUUUACAUAGAAUGCAGCAAAAGAAAGGUUGUUUCGUUUACAGCUCUUGUUUUUGUAUUUUUGAAAACAAGUCCGGAAAAAACAAAAAAGGAAAAA